CAGAAUUAAACUCGUGCCCGUAAAAGGUCUCUGCCGACUCCUCCACCCACGACCUCUCCUAAGCCGCCCCAGAGCCUAGUCUGUGAGGACUCAGGAGAAGCUGGGGGAGGUUAAAGGAAAGGUUCCCGCUGGCCCACUUUCUUUCCCCCGGUGCAUGGGGAGAGGGCCUUAGCUUGCCAGGCAGCGUCCAGGGCGCGCGGUGCUUCUUGGAUGUGCUUGUGAAAAGAAAGCGGGGAGGAGGCCUGUACAGCGGGGGCAGGACGCGCGCGCGGACACUGGAGGGGGCUCUUUACCGCCGCGUCUCCACCUCCCCUCUAGGCGGGGGCCGGGUUAGUGGUGGUGGGAGUGGGAGGAGCAGGAGACAACAUCAAGCCCGGCAAAGAAGCAGUAGGAGCAGCAGCAGCAGCAGCGCCCAGUUCCCGUUUCUUGGACCGCGGGACGCCCCGGGGCUCUUGGCCCCUGCCCCUUGGCUGAGGCGCCCCUCUCCAUUCCUUUCGCGCUCCAAAGCGAGCGAGCUCCAGCCAUGGCGACCUCGCUGCUCCCGCCGCUCCCUCGCUGCUCCCGCCGCCUCCCUCCUCCUCCCGCCACUGCCGUCGCCUCUUCCUCCUUCGUCGUCUCCUGGAACCUUUAAUGGCUCGGACCCUCCGGCGGCCCCAACCCGACUUGAUCUGCGCCACCAGCGGCCGUCACCGCGAGCGAGAGCCUGAGAGGAGUGCCGCGCACGGUGGAGAGUUGUUCUCAGGGAAGAGCUCCUUCUGUGAACACAAUUCUCCUUCCAUGAAUGGAAAGGGCUUCAAUUCAUGGAGUGCAAAAAAUAGAAGCUUGUUAUUCCAAACAUGGGUGAAGUGGAGCAGAAGCCAACAGCAGGAUCCCGGUUAGGAGUUCAGGAGAAUGCUGGGAUCAGUACUUUGGAACAUGGACAAAAACUACCAGUGACACCUACAGGAAAACUUAUUUCUAUCAAAAUCCAGAUGCUGGAUGAUAUGCAGGAAGCUUUUGAAGUUCCGCAAAGAGCUCCAGGAAAGGUUUUGUUGGAUGCAGUCUGCAAUCACCUGAACCUUGUUGAAGGUGACUAUUUUGGCCUUGAGUUUUUGGAUCAUAAAAAGAUCAUGGUGUGGCUGGAUCUUUUGAAGCCCAUUGUGAAACAAAUCAGAAGACCUAAGCAUGUAGUUCUAAAAUUUGUGGUGAAAUUCUUUCCACCUGAUCAUGCUCAGCUACAAGAAGAGUUAACAAGGUACCUAUUUGCAUUACAAGUAAAGCAGGAUUUAGCACAAGGAAGACUAACCUGUAAUGACACCAGUGCUGCUCUUUUAAUCUCACAUAUUGUACAGUCUGAGAUUGGAGAUUUUGAUGAAACCAUUGAUCGUGAACACUUAGCAAAGAACAAGUAUAUACCUCAGCAAGAAGCAUUAGAAGACAAAAUCAUGGAAUUUCAUUGUACUCAUAUUGGACAAACACCAGCAGAAUCAGAUUUUCAGCUGCUUGAGAUUGCCCGUCGUUUGGAAAUGUAUGGAAUUCGAUUGCAUCCAGCCAAGGACAGAGAAGGAACUAAGAUCAACUUGGCAGUUGCUCAUACAGGCAUUUUGGUGUUUCAGGGUCACACCAAGAUCAAUGCCUUCAACUGGGCUAAAGUUCGAAAACUGAGUUUUAAGAGGAAGCGUUUUCUUAUUAAGCUGAGGCCAGAUGUAAAUAGUUCUUUCCAAGACACAUUAGAAUUCCUGAUGGCCAGUCGGGAUUUUUGCAAGGCCUUUUGGAAGAUCUGUGUAGAACACCAUGCCUUCUUCAGACUAUUUGAAGAACCCAAACCAAAACCUAAACCUGUUCUCUUUACUAGAGGUUCGUCCUUUAGGUUCAGUGGUCGGACACAGAAGCAGGUUCUUGACUAUGUUAAAGAAGGAGGACACAAAAAAGUACAAUUUGAAAGGAAACACAGCAAGAUCCACUCUAUUAGGAGUCUGACUGUAAAGCCUUCAGAACAGCAUUCAGAGGUGCCCAAACAAAGCUGUAGUUUUACAUAUGGAGAUGGUGCUGACUCCCCGGUGGUGCAAAGCUGCCAGCGGGGAAAGGAAUUAAAAGCUUUAGUGGAAGAUGGUGGCACAAGCCCUUCCCUAAAGAAGAGCCCAAAGGAAGGCAGGAGACUGGAUGGUGCAGUGAUGGCAACAACAGAGGAGGAAGAGGAUGUCGUAAAGGACAGAUCACAACACAAUAGAUCUCAGACACAGCAACCGAGCACAGCAGGCUCCCUUGCUGGCAGCCCUCAUCUUUCAGAACUGUCAAUCAAUUCCCAAGGAGGAACAGCUGUGGCAAAUAUGACAUUGUCUCCUAAUUUGAGUCCUGAUAACAGGCAGGCUUCUCCAUUGGUCAGCCCUCUGCUGAAUGACCAAACUGGUGUCCGGACUGAUGAUGAAGAAGAGGUCAGGAGAAAGAGGUUUCCAACUGACAAAGCAUACUUCAUUGCUAAAGAAGUUUCCACCACAGAACGAACUUACCUGAAAGACCUUGAAGUCAUCACAUCGUGGUUCCAGAGCACAGUGAGUAAAGAUGACUGCAUGCCAGAAGCACUGAAGAAUCUCAUCUUUUCCAGCUUUGAACCAUUGCACAAAUUUCACACCAACUUUCUAAAGGAAAUAGAGCAGCGCCUUGCCCUUUGGGAAGGCCGUUCUCAUGCCCACUUGAAAGGAGAUUACCAAAGAAUUGGGGAUGUUAUGCUGAAGAAUAUUCAGAGUAUGAAGCAACUGACAAUUCAUCUGUGGAAGCACAGUGAGGUUCUGGUUGAGCUGGAGAAUGCAAUCAAGAAUUCUCGCAAGCUGGAAACUUUGUGCAGGGACUUUGAGUUGCAGAAAGUCUGCUACCUGCCCCUCAAUACCUUCCUGCUCAGGCCCCUGCACAGGCUUAUGCACUACAAACAAAUAAUGGAAAGGCUCUGUAAACAUUAUCCACCAAAUAAUGUGGACUUCAGGGAUUCCAGAGCUGCUCUGGCAGAGAUUUCAGAAAUGGUGGCUCAACUCCACAGCAGUAUGCUAAAGAUGGAGAAUUUCCAGAAGUUGCAUGAAUUGAAAAAGGAUUUGAUAGGCAUUGACAAUCUGGUGGUUCCAGGAAGGGAAUUUAUUAGACUAGGCAGCCUUAGUAAGUUGUCUGGAAAAGGUUUACAACAGCGGAUGUUCUUCCUGUUCAAUGAUGUCUUGAUGUACACAAGCAGAGGCCUGACAUCUUCAAAUCAGUUUAAAGUCCAUGGGCAGCUCCUGCUGUAUGGUAUGAUGAUAGAAGAGAGUGAAGAAGAAUGGGGAGUCCCUCACUGCUUUACCCUGAGAGGUCAACAGCAGUCCAUUGUUGUUGCUGCAAGCAGCCGCACUGAAAUGGACAAGUGGACUGAGGACAUACAGAUGGCAAUUGACUUGGCAGAGAAUUGUAAUGGCCCGGCUGCUGAAUUUCUAGGGAGUAGCCCGCCCGACACUAAGUCCCCUGAAGAAUCCACUGUAGACCUGGAAUCGGAAGAUGACCUCAAUGCAUCCCGCACCUCUCUUGAACGUCAGGCUCCUCACCGUGGCAACACUACGGUGCACGUUUGCUGGCACAGAAAUACCAGCGUUUCCAUGGUCGACUUUAGUAUUGCCGUGGAGAAUCAACUCUCUGGAAACCUUUUGAGAAAAUUCAAGAACAGCAAUGGGUGGCAGAAGCUCUGGGUAGUAUUUACCAACUUCUGCAUGUUUUUCUACAAAUCCCACCAGGACAAUCAUCCUUUAGCUAGCCUUCCUCUGCUGGGGUACUCUCUUACCAUUCCUUCUGAAUCCGAGAACAUUCAUAAAGACUAUGUCUUUAAGCUUCACUUCAAAUCCCAUGUGUACUAUUUCAGGGCAGAAAGUGAAUAUACAUUUGAAAGGUGGAUGGAGGUGAUCCGAAGUGCCACUAGCCCUGCCUCCCGCAUCCGUGUUUUAAGUCAUGAAGAAUCACAUGUUUAUUGACGACUCAACUCCAAGUUCAUUCCAGCAGUUGCUGCUUUUAUAGAGGAUAUUUGAAUUUAUUUUCUCCUUUUAAAGUUUAGUAAAACAUGAAUUUGUUAAAUUGUUUUGGAGCAGCUUUUUGUAAUAUUGCCUCAGCAGAAUUGUUUACUAUUAUCGGCCAAGUGACGGUUUCAUGUCUCGUAUUUGUCCUUCAGUGUGGUUUUCUAGCUUGUGCCAGUAUUAAAAUAUUGUCCUUGGAGUGCCAAAUGCCAAAAGACAUUUCCUUGCCUCAAAAUUUGCACCAGAAAUAUAGUACAAUUUUUGUAGUAACUUCAUAUUUGGUAUCUUCUGGAAAGCAAAAUGCCUUUUCUUCUUUGAAAGAAAAGCCCUCAAAAUGAUUACUUAAUAGACUGCUGAUUUUUUAAAAUGUAUUUCCUCUGUAUUACAUAUACAACGGCCUUCAGCAUAAGUGUGCGUUAAGGAGCAGUCUCAAAGCAAAGAGGUUAACUGUCAUACCUUAUUCUCAGUAUUUCUACACAAUUUGCUUCUAAAAAUUAAACUACCACGUGUGUAGCUUACUCAUUUUGUCUCACUCUUUGAAGCUACAAGUACUUUUAAAAUGGUCCGAAGAUUUUGUCUACUCCAUGGUGCAAGAAAUUAUGUAAAAACUUGCAAAGUGAACCGUUUACACAAUAACUCUGUGCAAUAUUUAGGCUAUGGAUGUCUUGUGAAUGGUGAGUAUAAGGGGAAUCUAAAAGCUGUGGUUACUGGUCUAUGACACCACCUGUGUAGUACAAAAGUUGUGACGCUAAUUUGUGGUUCAAGUAAAUUAGUGUUUCAGUAAGGACCAGUGCAGAUGUGUAAUGCAUCUUUGUGUUUAACUACUUUUAGUAUUGUCAUAAUAGUAUUUCUGCACCUUUAUUAUCAAUGGUAAUACAAACCAGUUCACAAUUCAUGUAUACAGAUACAGGAGCAAUUAUAUAUAUAUAUAUCUUUAAGGCAUUUACUUUGCUAUAAACACAGGUUCCAGCCACAUGUACCACACAGAGUGUCAUUCAGCAACAAGAGAAAACAAAGGUUACAAACACCCUGCCAAGAGAAUGAGGCUCUCAAUUAACUACUGUUCUGCUAAGUAGCUUAUGCGGAAAUGUGCCCUUUCGACAAUGUAUGAAAAUGGCUAAAAUUUAUAAACAGGAAUAAAAUACCUCAACACAUUGAAACGCCCCAGUUUUAAGAUAAUAAAAAUUUGCUGCUUUUCUCUGUUCCUAAAUUCACACUGCAUUUCUAAAGCAACCAACUUGUCUUAUAUUUUCAGAGUACUGUAUAAUUUUCAAAUGGUAGGAACAAUGGUGUAUCAGCGUGGGAGACAACUGGCUGAUCGGUCAUACGUUUUGCAUUCAUGCCUUGGCUAUGUGCAUAUGGCUGCAAGCCUGCUCAUGCUUAGUUCAAUUAACUCACUGCUGCAUAAACAGGCGUAAGUCAAUUAGGUUGCUAGUGUCUUAUGCAGCUGUCCAUUUUAUUCAGGCCAUGCCAUGUUAGCCAGGCUGCACCAUUGCCUCGUUGCUGCAAGAACCCAGAGAACAUGCACAAUAGUAAACUGUGAACUAUCAAGUAUUCCCUUCUGGGGAAAUGUUACUCAUAGACUAGUUCUGCCCUUCCCAUUGCUUAGCUUUACUGAAUGAAAAAAAUGGUCACUCGGCCUCCCCUCCACAUUUCCCCCAGCAUUUAUGGUCCCUCAAUUAGUAACUGCCUCAUCUUCUCUGGCCAGGGCACAGGGAGAUCAUCACCACUCAAUAGGUUUGUGCCAUAUUAAGUAGCUUGGAGGGACAGGGAAGGGGACUCCUCCUGUCCCAUGACUAUGAGGAUGGGUUUUUCUGGCAGUAAUAUAUGGACAUUUAAAAUACCCCCAUCACAGUUCCAUAGGAGAGUGUUUGUAUUGUGUUGUAAAUGCAAAAGUUAUUGGGGAGGGAGGGGACACCACACAGACAUGGUGAUUUCAUGAGUAGACCCCCAUAAAUGAUUUAAUCAGA